GUCGACAGGGUCCAUCGGCAUUCGUCAACAUGAUGGCUGUUUCUUCGGGGUUCCUUGGCCGUCUUGCUCUCACACUCACCCUAUACAUUACGUCUGUCCGCUUAAUCCGCCUCUACAUAGUCAGAAAACACCUUCGAACCCUCAAAGUGGUUCCCCCCGAGAAGCGGGACAUAAAAUGGGCCCACCAAGGUCUCUCCUUCUUUGCAAACAGAGACUUGCCCUUCCUUUCCCAAAUAGCUUUAGAGUUUGCCUUGUUUCGAACCUAUGGCGUUGAAGCAAAUAAAUUGCUAAUCGCGACGGGAGAACUUGUGCAUAGGUGUCCGCGGCGGUACGAUGACACUGAGCUUCUUAUCAGGGAAUUUACAGAGAAUAUAUUGGACACAGAUCGAGCGGUGCUGGCAUUGAAAAGAAUGAACUAUUUACAUGGCAAAUACACAAUUGAUAACACGGAUUUUGUCUAUACUCUUGCGCUGUUCAUUACACAGCCGGCAACAUGGGUUAGCAAAUACGGAUGGAGAGGGUUGGACGAAGUUGAGAAGGAGGCGACAUAUAGGUAUUGGACCCAAAUCGGGAUCAAAAUGGGUCUCCAACACAUGCCGCAUUCCUACAAUGAAAUGGAAAGAUUGGUGGAAGAAUAUGAGACUAAAUAUAUGCAUCCUCUACCACGCAACGUCAUCCUCGCCAAUGCUACAUUCAAACUCUUUUUAAACCGGUACCCGCGCUUUCUUCAGCCGGUUAUUCGCCCCGCACUUCAUUCCCUAUGCGAUAAGCGACUUCGAGUCGCCAUGGGAUUCCCAGAACCAAAUCCAAUCUACAAAUCAUUUGUUCGCGGCAUUGCCAAGCUACAUGGGAUUUUCGUAGGAUGGCUGAUGCUACCAAGGAUACGAGUUUCCCGGAGAACACCUUUGGGCAUGAGUGAAGGACGAUACUUUCCGCAAUGGGACUUGAACGGUACUGGUGUCUACAAGGGCGGAUAUAAGAUUGAGGAUUUGGGACCAGAAAAGUAUGUUGGGGAUUCGGGUCUCGGCGCAAUAUGUGUUGAGAAUAACGAGUCAUAUGGGUGGCCCGACUUGUAGGAUGUUGUUUCCAAUCCAUGUAGAAUUGGUAUGAAGGAAAUUAAAGCAUGCCAGGAGACUUCCGGCACAAACCUUAUAAUCGCAGCUCGUUGUCACAGGAUGAAGCAUACUCUAGUGUUGGUUGCGCAAUAUGUUCAAAUAGAAAAAAGAAUGUGUAUUUGG